AUGAGUGAAAAACCCAGAAGUAAUAAACCUAGGAGACUUGCGGAUUGGCUGAAUCCAACAGGUGAAAGGAAAGUCCAUUCAUUAGUGGAUAAGAUUUAUAAGGAGAAGAACUUGGAGAUAGCUUGGGAUAAAGUAAGGAGGAACAAGGGGUCUGGAGGAGUUGAUGGUGUGAAUAUUAAGGAGUUUGAAAAGGAUGUUGGGAAACAUCUUACGCGACUCCAUAAUGAAUUGCGCACCGGAGAUUAUCAUCCUGCCCCUGUUCUUCAGUGCUCAAUUCCCAAGGCUGGACAGCCGGGGAAAGUACGCUUUUUAGGCAUACCAACGAUCUAUGAUCGGGUGUGUCAACAAGCCAUACUCAACCGUUUGGAAAGUAUCUUCGAACCGGUAUUUGAUGAUGCCAGCUUUGGAUAUCGAAGAGGAAGAUUAACGAAGAGUGCACUUAAGAAAGUAUGGUGUGAAAUAGAAGAGGGUCACGAGUGGAUCGUGGAUGCAGAUCUAAAGAAUUUCUUUGGCUCGGCAGACCGUGAAAAGAUCAUGAUCCUCCUCAACCAACAGAUCGCAGAUGGUAAAGUUCUGAAUUUAAUAAAGAGCAUACUUGAAGCAGGAUGUAUGUUAGAAGAUCGCCAUAUAAAUGAGGAUAAAGGAGUUUCCCAAGGCGGGAGCUUAUCUCCCCUCAUAAGCAACAUCCUUCUGACUCCGUUUGAUAGGGAAAUGCGUCGUAAAGGAUAUAGAUUGACGAGAUACUCUGACGAUUGGGUGAUCACCUGUCGUACAAGGAGAGAAGCUGAAUCGGCUUUACGAUACGCGGAAAAAGUUCUGAACAAACUGGGAGUUAGGCUUCACUCAAAGAAAACGCGGAUAGUCAAUAUUCGUAGAGGCUUUGAGUUCCUUGGAUACAAGAUCAAGCGAGGAUCUAAGCCACUGAGAUUGUCUAAAGAUAAGAUCAAGAGCAGGAUUCACGCUGGUCAGCUUUAUGUGUAUCCAACACAGAAGUCUAUCACUCAUUUCAAGGAACAGAUUCGCAAACGCACACGGCGUAAGGCUCCUUUAUCUACAAAGGAGCUUAUAGCUGAAAUCAACCCAAUCAUUCGUGGAUGGGGCAAUUACUAUAAGAAAGCCCAUGUGCGCAAGCUCUUCAACCAACUUCGAGGGUGGAUUGUCAGACGACUCUGGUCUUAUCGUCACAAAAGGUGGCGAAACAUAGGCUGGAAAAGAAUGCCGGAAUCCAAACUAUACGGAGAAUUUGGCCUG